CUAAGGCAACUACACAAGUGCUGUGUUGUUCUCUGCUAAGUACCUGACACACGAGGAACAAACUCCAAAUAAACAAAACUCUUUAACGCCUACAUGGAAUAAAUGGUUUGAUAUUUGAAACAGACUGUAUGUCUAGCGUAAAAACAUUACUCACCUAGCUAGUUAUUGGCGCAUCUCUAACGUUACUUCCUCCUGCACAUCCCGGUGUCUUCCCACUUUGAGCUAACGUCACACUACCGGGGAGGUGUGCCUCCGGCUGCAGUAACGUUUCAGGUGACGUGAUGCCUCAGAAUGGAAUGAAUUAUGAGGGUAGAAGAGGAAGGACGCGUCACAACACCUAUAAAGCCAACGGUCAGGUUCCAGGCACAGGUAUGGUUAAUGGAGCUGUUGUUCAAAAUGGCUGCCCAGCUGAUGCCUCUGGAACCAGUGAGAGAAAUCCAGCUGGCACACUGAAUGGAGCCAAACCACAUUGCAUGGUUGAUGGUUAUAUUAACCAGAGAUACAAAGGCUGGAGUAGAGGAGCAGCACCCCCACAGACAAUCAGGAGACGUGGAAGCACAAUUUCAGCUGUCACUGAUGCCUCAGCAGCUGGCAGGGUCCGCAGUGCAGGAACUCCAGGUGGUAUCUCAGAGAAUGGGGCCACAGGUCUUGACACUAAUACUUUGCCAUGUAAUUCUGACCAAAUGGCACCACAGCGCAGCAAGUCAGCAGCAGCAAAGAUCCAGAGAAGAAGGAUGAAAUUCAGACAUAAAAAGAGAGACACUGAAUUUGUCCGUCCGGUGUACCCUACUCGCCCGUUGAUGCCUCCACAAGAGAAGGAAGACUGGGAAAAUGAGAUCCAAGAGGUCACAAAGACUGACUGGGGAAAAUUCUGUUUCGGAGUCACCCCCUACGGCUUCUCUCACAGAAAGCCAUUUCUACUCAGGCUGACGUUGGCUUUCAAAGUUGUUCCUAGGAUUGAGGUCAUAACAAGCACAACUGUUCUACUGGUGUUCUGUGCCUCCUCCAGGUCCACAAGAUGUUCUCCAUUUUGAUUUGCGCGAUUUGACACUUAAGCAGAGGGACACUGUUGACCUGCCGGUGACAGCCAAUUACAGCCCAGCCGUACACCACCCUCACCCUGUGAAAUGGUCCUGCUACAGCAUUCCCACGGAGACGGACCAGUUUGCAGACGCUGACGAGUAAGCCAGACGCAUGUUAUGUUAAAGGAUUGGUAGAAAUCAGUGUUCACAUACCAAAAGUAACUAAGGGGUUCUGCUGUGAAUCGGGUCUAGCCUUUAUUGUUACUGUGCAGAUUUGGGCUCCUGGAUAGUACCCAGGCUUAGUUUAGUCAGCAUGAGUAUUCCACCUCUAAAACAUUAUUGGGCAUUUUUUAAUUUAAAACUUCUCUUGGUUAAUGCUAUCUCGGGUCAAAGAUUAUAGGUAGAGCCCAGGUUGCAAUCAGGAUGUUUUUAUUUUGUAUUUUCUAUUCAGAUUUUAUAUUGCAACAUAUUAAUUUGUCAGGCUUUUGUGAUCUUAAGGAAUGUUUUUAGAUAAAUUGCCAUACUUUGCUGUUGAACUGCUUCAGUGACUAUUACUAAAAAAUGGACAUGCAUUUACUGUUCUUCCAUUUCACAUCUUCAUCAUUUUGCUAGUAUUCCCAAAAACUUUUUUCAGUUGUAUAUUCUGUGUUUUGUAAUGCCUGAAAUGGGCAUACUGUUGGCGUUAUAAGUUGCUCUUUUGAGCAAUCAAUUCUAUUGUUUAUCAAUUGCAUGUUCACAACCAACCCAUAAAGCAACUAUUUUAAUUUGGCGCCAACCUAAUCAAGAAAUUAUGGUUGGAUUAUGUAACACCAAUAAAUUGUUAUUAGCCCUAACAGACUUUCAUUUUCACAAUCACAAUAAAUCAACUUU